AUGGAAUUUUAUAAUCAUGAAUACAUCCAUUCUCCAAAGACCAAUACUUAUAGACGUCGUUCUAAAAGUUUAAAUGACAAGAUAGAAUAUGGCAAAAAUAAUUCAUACAUUCAUCGUGGAAAACAUCAUUCACCUCCUCCAAAACGUGCUCACCACCAACCAGUCAUGAAAUUCAAUACCGAUAUGUGGAUGCAGGACUUUAGAGAAAAUGUUAUCAAAAAAUUGUUUAAAGAAGAACGCUUUAAGGCCUUUCAAAAACGUAGAGGAUUAGAAAAUGUUAUGGAUGUUAGUGACGAAGAAGGAUGGGAAGAGCAACAUAAGGCUACAAGUCUUCUUGGAGCGUAUAGUUCUUUUGCAUAUAUUGAUAACUCUACGGCAUUCACCACAAGUCUCGGUUAUAUCAAUGGAGUCUGGCAUAUUAUUAAAGGGGUUGUUUGUCUCGGAGGUUUAUAUGGAGCAAUCGCGCAAAAUAGGAAUAUGGUCCAUCUUUUCGCUGUUAUUAUUAGCGUGACCGCAAUGAUUCACUUGGUAUUUGGUAUUGGACUCGCGAUUGUAGGUAUUAAGAACCGUGAAAAUCUGGUGAACUUGUGUCUUAGUAAAGCCUCUUCAAGUGAUUCGUGGAAUCCUGAACAACAUUGGCUGAAACCAUUUGAUAAACGACAAGCCGAUUCUUCUAACACCACAACUACAGUUACAGCUACUGACAAUGAUAAACAAGUUUGUGAAACUGCUGUUAAGUGGUAUCUCGCUUUCUUCAUUGUUUUCACCGCAAUUGCGAUUAUACUCACGUUCUACUUUGCCGCUGUUGUGUAUCGAUAUCGUGAUGAACUUGAUGAAAAAAUCAAACAUACGCAACUAAAAAAUCAAUCCUCUGGCUCUUCAUCUUUUGAGGAUAGAUAUUCCAGAGAAUAUCCGGAGAAACCUCUAAGAGGGAUUUCUACUAAUGUCUAA